AUGAGGGAAAACGCCGUUGCCGUGGUAACCGGUGCAAACAAAGGUAUCGGCUUUGCUGUAGUUAAAGGAUUAUGUAAGAGGUUCAACGGAACAGUAUACUUAACAGCGAGGGACGAAAGCAAAGGUCAUACAGCAAUAAAGGCGCUAGAAGAUUUAGGAUUGACGCCCAAGUACCACACCCUCGAUGUGACCAGCGAGGACAGCGUCAAAGAAUUCGCUGAAUUCAUUAAAACUAAGCACGGAGGCUUCGACGUUCUAGUGAAUAAUGCUGCUAUACUUGAAUGGGAACAAGUUUAUCCAAGUUACGAGGCCGCGAAACGAAACAUCGACGUCAAUUAUCGCAGUUUAUUGACUGUCGAAGAGCUUUUAUUCCCGCUAUUAAGAGAUGGCGCUAGAGUCGUUAAUGUUUCGAGCGCGUGCGGCCAUUUAUCGAAUUUAAAGAAUAAAAAAUGGCUGGACACAUUUUUAAAACCCGAUCUUAGUACCGAAGACAUAAAUGGUUUCGUCGAAGAGUACUUAAAGAGUGUGCGAAACGGAACGUUCCAGCGGGAAGAUUUCGCUGAUGAUGGUAAACAUGCUGAGCACCGGGUAUCUAAAAUCGCACUUACUGCGUUGACAAUGGUUCAGCAAAGGAAAUACCCAAAUAUAUCAAUAAAUGCCGUACACCCUGGACACGUGAAAACCGAUAUGGCGCAUGGAGGUGGUGAAAUCGAACCUGAUGAAGCAGCAGAUACAAUUCUUUAUCUUAUUUUCGACGCUUCGCCGAACCUAAAGGGUACAUUUAUGUGGUAUAACAAGAAAUUGGUCGAUUGGUACGAUUUCGAAGGCGAUUACUACUACAAGCACGGGGGAUAG